UUGCAGGAAUGACAUAUGCUCUAACAUUUGCAAUUAUCAUUGGUAUAUCAAUAUCUAUAAGUAGUAUUAUGGCAAAAACGAAAAGCGUUGGAGUAACAGGAACUGUUAUCUGUGAUGGAGAACCAGUAAAUGAUGGCGAAGUUGAGCUUCAUAGCGAAAGAUAUGCCGGAAAUUUAAUUGCGAAGACAAAAACGGAUACGAAAGGACGAUUCACAAUCAAAGGAAGUUCGAAAACGGAUAGGUUCGAUCCACAGUUCAUUAUCAGCCACAAGUGUCGUGUAAAGCCAUGUACACGCAGAUUAGUCCUACGUAUUCCUGAGAAGUAUUCCGUAUCCGGUUCAAACCCGCGUGAGAUGUACGACAUUGGUGUUAUUGAUCUGAAAAGGAAGUUUCCCACCGAAACGAAAACAUGUCCAGCAUAAGACUUUCAACCAUCAGAAAUAUAUUUCAUAUAAAAUUUCAUGCAUAUGCAAAAAUCUUAUGAUAUUUAGCCAGAGCAAAACUAAUUAAAGAAAUAAAAGUAUGCAAAUAAAUGCAAGUGAUACUUGCCAAAUUUAGCGGUUUCAAGGCCAAAUGAAAGCCAAUUAUUUGACUUGGUGUAACCAGAAAGUCGUAAUCAGAAGCUUUCAUAUAUACGACUAACAAUAAAUAUUCGAUAUGUGCAAAACUAAUAACAAUAAACGGUGAAACUUAUAUGAAUGGAUUAUUAAGUCUAAUAUUCCAACAUUGCCUGCCAUCAACAUUUCAUAUAAGAAAAGCAAAAUAUGAAAAUAUUUAAGCUUCGUUAAAAAUAUUUGUAACAAUAUCAACUUUUCGCAGUAUGGUAGAAACGUAACAGGAAGAGCAAAGUACUGAAAACUUUGUUAGGAAAUGAGCAGUAAAUAGAAUUCGUAAUUUUUUUUUACAUCCUUUCAAUUUUCCAUUAUUCUGCCUCUUUAUCCCGAUUAAAAA